GUAGCGGAAAACAGAUUUUGUAGGAGUCUCUGUGCCUGAGUGCAGUCAGGAAUGAACUCUCCCUCUCGCAUUGUGCAUCUCUUACUCUGACAAGCGGGUCAUCUGUUGAAGCGGAGGACAUUGAUCGGGUUCAUUUCCUUUAGACGGCUUGCUUUAGGACUGCUCAGCUCCCUUCCUUCACAUUUCUCCCCUCCCACACGCACCUCUUUAGAUCCAACAGAGAAGUUUUCUAAGAUGACUUGGACGGCGAACAGUUGUUUUGUCACUCUGGCCAUCCUGUUUCUUUGGCGAGUGGAAGAAAUAGCCGAAGCCUGCAGCUGCUCCCCAGCGCAUCCUCAGCAGGCGUUUUGCAACUCAGACGUCGUUAUCAGGGCAAAGUUAGUCGGAGAGCAUGAGGUCGCCGUUGGCAAUGACAUCUAUGGAAACCCCAUCAAACGGAUCAAGUAUGACAUCAAACAAAUCAAGAUGUUCAAAGGUCCCAACCAGGAUAUUGACGCCAUCUACACUGCUCCCUCCUCUGCAGUGUGUGGGGUGACUCUGGAGACAAGCGGCAAGGAGUAUCUUGUCACAGGCAAACUUGAGACUGACGGGACGAUGCAUGUCACACUGUGUGACUUCAUUGAGCCCUGGGAGGCCACGAGUGCCACCCAGAAGAAAGGCCUGACUCAGCGCUAUGAAAUGGGCUGUGAUUGCAAGAUCACUCGCUGUACCUCCAUCCCCUGCAUGAUCAGCAGCCCAAAGGAGUGCCUGUGGACCGACUGGGUGAUCGAGAAGAUGGUCAUCGGAGAGCAGGCCAAACACUUUGCUUGUAUCAAGAGAAGUGAUGACUCUUGUGCCUGGUACAGAGGGUCAGCACCGCCCAAAAAGGAUUUCCUGGACAUCGAAGACCCUUAACUCUCCACUGUCCAACAGUCUGAGGAUGUCUGCAGUUGAGAUAUACUAAGACAUAAAUACUAAAAACACAAAAAGUCAAAUUGUUAUUUUGUUUUUGUUUUUAUUAAGAGAGCCACGCGGCGUGUGCUCUGUGGUGAGGUUGAAAAAAAGUGAAAUUGCUACAUUUUUUUUUAUUUGCAGGACUCAUUAUGUUUUGUUUUUUAAUCAACAGUCUUAUGAAUUCAGCACUUUCAGACACUUAAUUCCAAAGCACUUCCUCAUAAACCACUUCUCCCUCAGCUGAAAUAAAGGGACGAUCAUCACAAUUCAGUAUUACUGUUCAUAGCAGUUUCUUUUUGUUCUUGCGCUAUUCGUUUCUAACUUUUUUUUUUUAACCAAAGGCAUUCUUUAGAGUGAAUUAUAAUUCUGUAAUGCAACACAUACGCACCUAUAACUCAAAGUGUAAGAAUUCUGUGAAUCUGUGUUCAUAAAUAACAUUAAGCUGGCAAUCGGCACCCUGAUUUGUGACAGCAGAGCUAUCACAACCUCUUGCCCGUCCUGCUUCAGAUUCUUUUUUUUUUUUGUGCCGAGUAUGCAAAACUUUCCCCCCUCUGUCCUUUUUGGGUUUUUUUGGUGUGGCAAACCUGCUUUUAUACUUUUUUUUUUUUUUUUUUUUUUUUUUUUUUUUUUUGUAUACGAGGAAGCAAAAUCAGUGCUUUUGCUUUAAAUAAUCCUGAAUAGACAAGAAUGCACUUUGAACACAAUUUUCACAGCAGUCAUGUUGUCUCUUAUGGAAAAAAAAAUGGCUGAAAAAGAGGAUUGAAUCCUCCAUUUUGUAUUUUGUAUUUUUUUAUAUUACAGCUCUUCUCUUUGUAAUGCUUUAGUGUAAGAGCAUAUUUUAUUUAAGGAGGUUAUAUGAUUCAGCAUAUUCUAUUGAGGAAAAAAAGCCCACAUUUUGAUACUUUUUUUUAAUCACAAAACGACACCAUUGGUAUUGUAUAAAGAGAAGACCAAAUAUUUUAAGAGUGUAAGCAGAACACACACAUUUUGUUUUUUUGUUUUUAUGUGCAUUAAAGGCUUUGAUAUGAUCAUAAAAAAAGUGUUGAACAAAUGUCAUGUGACUUUAAUAAUUAAUAUGAAAGUGUAAAAAGAUUCUUCAUUUGAACCUGUAGUCAGUUAUGAUGUCUUGUGCUGGUUUCACAUGAGACGUUUGAGAUGAUUUUGCAUGCAUGUCCAACUGAAACAAUACUGUACAUUUGACUAUUAUAUUAAAUGCCAAACCGUGUUUUAA